UAUUUUGUUGGACAAUGACGGAAGAAGAACGGGCUCGCACAUGCGCAGUGUCUGUCAAGUGUUGAGAGAGAAGAUGGCGGCGCCCAUAGACCUGGAGCUGAAGAAGGCGUUCUCGGAGCUGCAGGUGAAGAUGAUCGACACGCAGCAGAAGGUGAAGUUGGCCGACCUGCAGAUCGAUCAGCUGACUCGGGUUCAGAAACACGCCAAGCUGACUCACGCUGAGAUCACCACACUGCCCGACAACACGCGACUGUACGAGGGAGUCGGACGCAUGUUCAUUCUUCAGUCGAAGGAGGACAUCAACAAUCAGCUGAUGGACAAACAGAAAACAGCUGAUGAGAAAAUUAAAGAGCUCGAGGUACAAACACACACAAAUACACACUUUACUAUUCUACCUGCUGUGUGUCCAAGUGUGUGUCCUGUCCAGAUGUGUGUCCAGGUGUGUGUCCUGUCCAGAUGUGUGUCCAGGUGUGUGUCCUGUCCAGGUGUGUGUCCUGUCCAGGUGUGUGUCCAGGUGUGUGUCCUGUCCAGGUGUGUGUCCUGUCCAGAUGUGUGUCCAGGUGUGUGUCCUGUCAAGGUGUGUGUCCAGGUGUGUGUCCUGUCCAGGUGUGUGUCCUGUCCAGAUGUGUGUCCAGGUGUGUGUCCUGUCCAGGUGUGUGUCCUGUCCAGAUGUGUGUCCAGGUGUGUGUCCUGUCAAGGUGUGUGUCCAGGUGUGUGUCCUGUCCAGGUGUGUGUCCAGGUGUGUGUCCUGUCCAGGUGUGUGUCCAAGUGUGUGUCCUGUCCAGGUGUGUGUCCAGGUGUGUGUCCUGUCCAGGUGUGUGUCCUGUCCAGGUGUGUGUCCAAGUGUGUGUCCUUUGCAGGUGUGUGUCCAGGUGUGUGUCCUGUCCAGGUGUGUGUCCUGUCCAGAUGUGUGUCAAGGUGUGUGUCCUGUCCAGGUGUGUGUCCAGGUGUGUGUCCUGUCCAGGUGUGUGUCCUGUCCAGGUGUGUGUCCAGGUGUAAUGGUGGUCUGACUGUGUUGUCUUAUUUCCAGCAGAAGAAGGUGUACCUUGAACGCAGCGUGAAAGAAGCUGAAGACAACAUCAGAGAGAUGCUGCUGUCAAGGAGAGCUCAGUGACACGCUCAUCAAGAACCUAUAAUACUCUGUAACACACACACACACACACACACACACACACACACACACACACACACGUUCCUGUCAGUGUGUUUGUUAGUUGUUCAUAUUAAAUGUUGAACCUUUUGUCUCCUCAUCGUGUCUUUGUUUAUUUAUUAUAAGUCUGACUUCAGGUCAGUGAGGACGCCGCGUCAGACGUAGUAAAUCUUUAGUGACCUUUAUUUAGCUGACCUUUGACCCCUCAGACAUCACUGCAUUUAAAACCAACAUGACUGUAUAAAGGAUAUUACUACAAGGGCUCAGGAACACUUUGGAAAACCACUGUCAGUAAACACAAAGCUGCUCUACCAAUGACAGUUCAAACUCAGAAACAACAGAAUACAAAGCAAAAAGCAAAACUAACAAAUGAAGGAUAUUCAAUACAGUCGUCAAUCUUUACAACACUUAUCGAUAAUAGAGUCAGUUCUAAGUGUCUUCUUGCUCUUAAGGCUUCAAUAGUUGUGCAAUAUUGUUUCAGAUCAUGCAGAAAAUGUUCAAAGCGUGGUCUGGAUUCUGCACAUUUCUCCUUAUGAAUGUGAAGAAGAAGAAGCUGUACAAAAAAAAUAAAGUCUUUCUCUUUCUCCUCGUCUUCAAAACAAAUAAAAAUGUCUUUUUCUUUUAA